UUGGAAAAAUGGAAACGACAAGGAAUCCGACCGGUGAACUUUCCGAAAUUCAAUCUGUAAUUGCUAAUCCCAUCCCGAUGGCUUUGCAGACUCAAGUAAGAAAAAGAGUAGUCUGGAAUGAUAGUAAAGACAUUUCUUUACUUAAGGAGAUGAUUGUAACAAAUCCUUUCAGCUACAAGGAAAGAACCAGGGAAAGGGGGAAAAUGUGGCAAUCUGUGGCCUCUAAUCUAAAUGCCAUGUGGGAAACUGAUAAAACAGAUAGCAGAGGCUACAGGGAGCUUUACAACCUCCUUAAGACAAAGCAUGUAAAGGAGCUGGUAAAUCUUGAAAAGGAGUCCGAAACAUCAAGUCUUCCAUCUGGUAAUAUAAAGAAAGAGAAAGAGGAUGAGCAGGAAAUGAGAAAUAGAUGUCUUAAUGCCAUGACACCAAUUAAAGGACAAAGAGUGAAGAUGUGCAAGACAAGAAAAGAAGGAAGUCGAAUGAGACCAUGCUCAAGAAAAAAUGGAGAGAGAGUUAAAGUGGAGAAAUGAAGAGAAAGAAUUGAAAGAGAAGCAGAUGGAGCAAGAAGCAGAAUUUAGAAAGCAAGAGGCUGCUGAAAGAACCAAACAAAUAGAUUUGAUGCAACAGCAAAUGCUACA